AAAGGGGUUAUUUGUUAUAGAUGAUCCCCCAAAGAGCAGGUUAGUCUUUUAAAAUAUUUUGCUGUAUUUUUUUUUUUUUUUUUUUUUUUUAUAGCACAUCCCUUAAAAAAUUUUGAGAUGGUGUUUAACAAUCCUCGAACAAAUGGUGGUAUAGUGAAGAGUGCCCAAGAAGAUAGCAACUGUCUACAUAAUUCAUCCCGCCACUUUAAUCCACAUUUGAAACAACCACCAAAUCACCAAAAACCUCCAUUAAAAUUACUCAUUUCACUCGAUCAUCACUUCACUCUGUCACUGUUUUCACUCUACUCUUCAACAGAUAUGUCGCAUACAGCACCAAUAGACCUCUCUGAUAGCGAUGACGACGAAAACAACAACAACAACAACAAAUUCACAACUCCAAUUACAAAUUAUCGUAAAAGACCUAGAUUGAAUCUUCAUCCUUCAAUUUCAUGUGAAUCGAUCGUAGUUAUUGAUCCAACUCCUCCUAAGUUACAAAAAUCCGCAUCUUCUACGAAAUCAUUUGUCCCUGAAACUCCAUUUUCUGAAUUUCCUAAGUUUAAUGAUCUUCCUGUUAACAAGUGUACGUCGAAUUUCGAAAUUCCUCUUGCUUCGUCUGCUAAUAAAUCACCAGGUGAUAAUGAGUUGAUAUUUGUGGGAUCUGAUGAUGAACCUGGAAGCCUGGAAAGAAGGCAUUUUUGGAAGACUGCAGGAGCAUGUGCGGGUUCGAAUGUGAGGAAUAACUUAGAUAGAAUCCCCAAAUCCGCUGCGAAGGAACAGCAGUUAGAGAACAAAAUAAUGGUACCUGAUUUCGAUAUAGAUAGUUUUUUAGACGAGGACUCAACAUGUUUUCUUCCUAAGGAAGUGGAAUUCAAUGUUCAUGUGAACGUUGAAGAAGGUCUAGGGAAAACAAGUUUGAUGAACGAUGCAGGAAGUUUGUUCGGUAUAAAUGUGGAACAGGACUUAAGUAAGAGAGGUAAAAUUGUAGCGAAGGAUAACUGUCAGGAGAAUGCAAGUGCAGGGUUCUUGGAUAAGUGUCAUCAUGGGAACCUAGAGUCGACAAAGACAUAUGACCGCCCUCAUCUGGAAGAUGAUAUUAAUCAAAUACAACCUGCUGAAGAAUAUGAUCAAGAAAAGGAAUGUGUCAGAUUGGUAGGAGGUGCAAUUUGUGAAACGGAAAUUGGAGAUAAAGCUAAUGCAGAGAAGAAACAGAACAAAGAUAAACAAGCAGCGAGUAGGAAGCAAUUGAUGGAGGAAAAGAAGCGUGAGAAGGAGCAAGAGAAGUGUCGUAAAGCAAUGUUGAAGGCUGAAGCUGCUAAGCAGAAACAGUUGGAGAAAGAGAAGAAGAGGUUGGAGAAAUACAAGUUCAGUGAGAAAGACAUUGUGGCUGAAGUUGAUCCAAAGGUUCUGUCAGGUUCACUUGGAGGACCUCUGCUAACAAUGUUCGCCGAUAAACAUCUCAAUUUUAAAAUUACUCCAAAUCCCAUUGAGAAAACAAUUGUUUGGAGAAUGAAUAUUCCUGACGGAAUGUCUCAGCUUUCUACAAUAAAAGCAGAUUUUCAUUAUAUAUUGCUCAUAUACAAUAAUCCUGAUGAGUUUUGCAAGCAUGUUAAUGAUGGAUCUCUUGUGGAUCAUAUAUCUUCUGUGCGAAAGCGUUAUCCGUUGUACACCGUUUGCUGCCUCACAAGCAGGUUGAUGUCUUUUAUCAAUAAAAGGGAACAGCAAAAGUAUAAAAACGAAAAGGUUGCCAGUGAUUGGAAACGUCCACCUGUGGAAGAGGUCUUUGCUAAGUUAAUUACUCACUUUGCUCAUGUACAUUCCAGACAAUGUGCUGAUGAAGCUGAAGUAGCUGAGCAUGUUGGCGGGCUGACAAUUAACCUUGCCAAGUGCUAUUCUCGCAAGAAGCUGACACACCUGUCUGUGAGUGCCAAUGGAUGCAAUGUUCCAAAGGAUUGUGUGGACAGAGAGCUCAUAAUGAGACAUCCUUGGUUAAAGGCACUGAUAUCUAUCCCAAAAGUACAACCUAGGUAUGCUUUGGCUAUAUGGAAGAAGUAUCCAACUUUGAAAUCCCUCUUGCUUGUCUACAUGGAUACAACUAAAACUCAGUAUAGACCAUGUGGCUCUGUUGUUGUACUCUCUUAUCAUGUGUAAGCUAUCUUUUCAUCAGAGGGUUUUGUUAUGCCAGCAGACAUUAUUCGUUCGUUUGCACUUCACAUAAGUCGACAUCAACCUGAUGAAAUCAAGAGGAUAUUAUCAGGCAGGACAUAGCUUGUCUACAUAUCACUGAGAGAAUGACGCUUUGACUGGAAAUUCUCUCUAGGAUUAGUUUUUGACACCACUGAUAGAGGGGUUACUUCUGUGAUUCUUGAGUUGAGUCAUAGGUGAUUUGGAACUCCCAUCUCCAAUUUUUGUGUGUUUGCACUUUGUUCUGCAAAAGGCUCUUACCUGUUUACACCCGUGCAUGUUACUGCAUGCUCUCUCCAAAUUCUCGCUGCCUCGUUAGUUGCUUUUGUGAUACAUGUGUCCAACUGUGUCAAUGUUAUGUAGUUUUAUAUGUCCUGUUGGUGGAGAAAUCUUUUGUAUUGCUAUUGAAUCUUUGAUGUUCAAGACCUGAAUAUAUCUAUCCUUAAUUUGUUCAAAAUAGCCAUCUGAACCGAUCUUUAUUAGCUUGGGAUUAUUCAUGUUUCUGGAAGAGAUAUUGGUGGAUCUGUCUUCAUCUCUUGUUGCUAUUAUCUACUGAAUACAUGAAAGGAGAUCAUAAUACCCAAUUCCUCCCUCUCCCCCUGAAUAACCAA